CGGAGUGUUGAGUGGCUCAGUCCCACAUCAAAGGCUGAUACAUGAAGCGGAGUAGUGGGGGACGAAGUUAGCCGCUGGGUUUGAAAUAACUUUGUAACUUAUGCGGGACAGAAUCCUGUGCAUAGCUGAAAAGAAGCGGUCGCUCCACUCAUCAACGGGGAUCGGUUCAAACAGGUUGCAUUUGUUCCAAGAUAUUCCAGCAUGAGGACCCCACGCCUACUUUGUUUGCUGCUUCUCUAUGUGACCGGAGCCUGCCCCAAGCCCACUUUGAGACACGAGCGGGUCCAUCAAGAGCCACAGCUCAGCGAUCAGGUACACGCCGACUCGGAAAACUUCCAGUACGAUCACGAGGCCUUCUUGGGCAAGGAAGAAGCCAAGACGUUCGAACAGUUGACCCCGGAGGAGAGCGUGGAGAAUCUGCGAAAAAUUGUGGAAAGGAUAGACGCCAACCAAGAUCAGUUUGUAACCACUGAAGAACUGAAAGCAUGGAUUAUACGGGUGCAGAAACGUUAUAUUUAUGAAAAUGUAGCAAAAGUGUGGAGGGACUAUGACCUGAACAAAGACAACAAAAUUUCCUGGGAAGAAUACAAAAAAGCGACGUAUGGCUACUAUCUUGACAAUCCUGAAGAGUUUCUAGAUGCAGCAGAUCAGCUCAGCUUUAAGAAGGUGCUUCCUCGAGAUGAGCGGAGAUUCAAAGCUGCAGAUAUUGAUGGAGACAUGGUGGCCACCAGAGAGGAGUUCACAGCCUUUCUUCACCCAGAGGAGUUUGAGCACAUGAAAGAAAUUGUUAUAUAUGAAACACUUGAAGAUAUUGAUAAGAAUGAAGAUGGAUUUGUUGAUGAGGAUGAGUAUAUUGCUGAUAUGUAUGCACAAGAAGAAGGUGUUCCUGAGCCUGAAUGGGUCAAAACUGAGCGGGAGCAGUUUUCUGAUUUCCGUGACAUAAACAAGGAUGGAAAGAUGGACAAAUCUGAAAUCAAACAUUGGAUCCUCCCGGAAGAUUAUGACCACGCACAGGCUGAAGCUAGACAUCUCGUCUACGAAUCUGACAAGAACGGAGAUAAAAGAUUAUCAAAACAGGAAAUUCUAGACAAUUGGAAUAUGUUUGUUGGCAGCCAGGCCACCAACUACGGGGAAGAUUUGACUCGUAACCAUAUUGAGUUGUGAUAGCAGCAAAGAAACUAAAGUUGGCGGUGUGAUUCUUCUCCCACUCGAAAACAAUUAGCAUAUUUCUGUUGAAGACACGGGAGCUGACUAAUGGACUGCAAGUACUUACCAUAUGUAAAGUGACUGAAGCUGUUACUCUAAUCUCACUUUCUUAAUGUAGUCCAUUCUUUACCUCAUUAACUCAUGGGCUACCUUAGUCCAUAUGUUUGUUUACACCAUUGGUGAGUGAGGGCUAAUCCAUGUGUGUAGUGCAGAGCCUUUAUUUCAAUACAUAGUAUAGUUGUAUAGUUUAAAAUGCUGGGAGUAUUACGCACAUUCAUUUAUUUUUCCUUUCGCAUAGGAUUUAAAAUGUCAGAUCAUUUCUACCCAAUUACAAGAACUGUUCUUGUAAGUAAUGAAACACCAGCCAGAUCUUCCGCUAAGAAGUGUUAUUUGGUUGUGUUCUGAAUUAAUACUAUAUGUGGUGCUAUUAUGACCGUGUGCAUUACAGAAGAUAACAUAUUCAGUUGAUUUUAACAUUGGCUUCCAAAACUGUGAAUGCCACCGUUUAGGAGGAAGCAGUUGUCAGGUAUUUGGGAACGUUAGUGCACAUUCCCCUCCAAAUCACACACCACUCUGUUUGGAAAUAUAUUGCCAUUUCCAUCAAGGUCACUGGUUCAAAAUCCUGGGUCUCUCAACGUAAUAGCACUGUGGACGUACCGACACCAAACAGCAGUUCAAAUAGAUGGAUCAUCGCCAAUUUCUCAAGAACAAAUUAGGGCUGGUUAAUAAAUGCUGGUUUUGCCACCAGUGCCUGUGUCUUGAGAAUGAAAUUAUAUAAAAAAAAUUCCUGCAAUCUGUCUUUUUGAAUGGUAUUAAUUUUUCAUUGCCUUUUUUUUAGUUCUAUACUGAUGAUGUUUGAAAUAAUUGAACCACCAUACUCAAUCGACCUAACUCACAUGAUGUUUUCCUGUGCAUUUCCUGGUAAACUAAACUUUUCCAGUCGGUAUGUUCCAAAUGAUGCAAUGGGUUGUUCUGUGUUGGAUCAUCUGAACAGGUUACCUGGGAACCUAGAUCUGAAAAGGAGGGGCAGUGAAAAAUCAGUAAAAAGAAACAGACUACCAAUGAUUUAUGGCACCAAAUGAAAUAAAUUAGUUUCAGUGUUGACAGUCAGAUUUAUUCAGUAGUUGUUAAUUAUUAGAUUUAGAUUUGGUCAUUCUUUUUAGGUUGGUUGAUAAAUGUUGUGUUGUAGACACAACAAAACUUGCAUUUAUAUAGCAUCUUCAAGAGGAAAUAAACAGCAAUACUUGGAAAUGAAUGUACUAGACCUCCAGUAAUUUGAAACUUUAAUAGUUAUUUUUCCAUUGGGAGUUUAAUAAUGUUAUGAGCUAUGAGAUAUAUUCUGACUAGUCUAAAGAUUGGUCAGGAAAGUAGCUUUUAAGACAAGUGGGAGGCUUUAAGAAAGGAAUUCUAAAGUUUGGGCCUGGGCAGCUGCAGGUACUGCUGCUGAUUGGGGAUUGAUUAAAAGCAAGCUGACAAAGAGGUUAAAAUUGGAGGAGUGCAGAGAUUGUAGAGGAGUGUGGAACUGGUGGCAGUUACACAGAUAGGAGUGAGGUCAUGAACAGAUCUGUACAGAAGGAUGAGAAUUUUAAAAAUGGAUUAUUGACAAUUGCUUCCAUUUCUUUGAAUAGUUUGUUGAAGGAAACUUGUGCCAAGCAAUCUGACAAAUCAGAGACACUGUAUAUCAGGAGAGGUGGAAGUGAGGGAGGGCUGACUGUGAUAACUGAACAUCUGGAAUGCACUUUUUUAUGAUGUUGUGUAAUGGCAGCACAUAAAAAGUGACUCCAAGGAUAGAUCUAUGGGGGAAUUCCUGAAGUAAAGAUGUAAGAGUGGAAAAGGAAAGCAGGUGAUUCUCUGUUUGCAGCUGGAUAGUUAGAUAAUGUUAGAAUUAGAAGAUGACUUCAAGUAGAAGUGGGGUUAAUUGAGUUAAUUAGCACUUUUGCACCUUUCGAUCUGUUAUGUCUGAUUAUAUCCACCAUUUCAACAAAUAAUAUCAUUUUAUGGGAUUUUAAUCAGACUGAGAGUCAAGUGAUAUGGAGUACUUACAUUUCAGACUCUUUUUUUUCUCUGUGGACACAUAGAUGGAUUCUUUCAUGAAGAAUUUAAUUUUGUUCAAUUCAACUGUAUAUAACACAGUUCAGUGAUGUGGUGUUGGCCUGAUACUAAAAUUCCUUGUGGCACGAAAUGAUGUGUGAUAAUGUGUAGGGACCACUUUGUGUGAAAUAUAAGUCCACCUGCUUCACUCCUGGCACUUCUUGCACUUUCCAAAUCAGAGGUGAAUGCUCCUUGGUUUGGUGAUCACCUUCAUCCGUAAUCUAAAUUCUCCAGAAUAAACGUUGCCAAUGAUUCUAAUGAAAUACACCAAAACCAACUACCAUACUUUUGAGUUAUUGUGUUCGCUCACAUUUCUGUAUUCUUUUUAAGGUAGGAAAACAUCCCAAAGCCCUUCAAAGGAAUGUGAUCAACCAAAGUUUGACCUGGUGUUGCAGAAGGAGAUUUAAGGACAGAUGACCAAAAGUUUCAUUAAAAAACCGGUUUUAUGGAUCAUCAAAAAAGAGAAAGAAAGAGAGGUGGAGAGGUUUAAGAUUGGAAUACCAGAAUUAAAGACCUAGGCAGUUGAGGUUACAGCCACUUCAACAGAUUAAAAUCAUAAAUCAUAAGGGCAUAGAAUUGGAGGAGUGUCAAAAUCUCAGAGGGCCGAAUCACUGGAGGAGGGUCUGACAGUGGUAGGGAGAGGUGAAGCCAUGGAACAAUUUAAAUACAAUGUUAUAUUUUAAAAAUCCAAAUGUUGCCUGGGAGCCAAAGUAGACCAACAAACAUAGGCAUGAUGGAUGAAUGCAACUUGAUGCAAGUUGAGGUGUAGACAACAGAACUUUGGAUGAGCCAAAUGGCAGUGACUAUGAAGCAAAUCAAGUGAAAGAACUUAAAGAUUGUCUUGAAUGGUCUGAAGUUGCUGGAUUUGAAGCAUUGUGCAAACGCCACUAAAACCCUAAUGAAGAUGUAUUGCUUAAACAAAAGUGAGCUAAAUAGUAUUCCCACCAUGGGGUGUUUUAUAAGUAACUACUGAGACGGAGACAGUAACAUCAUUUAAAAGGGAAUUGGACAAAUAUUUGAAAAUGUACAGUUUAAAAGGAUAGAGGGAAAGGCCGAAAAUGAGAUGAGAAUGGAUAUUUAAAUUGAAGAUCACUAUUACAAUGAUCAAAGAACCAUCAACUAUAAUACAGUUUUUAUGAUUUUAUGCAGCACCAAACAUUUACAAAUCUUGUUAUAUUCUUUUUUUUGUCCUAACUGCUACGUUAACAUUUUAAAUGUAUAGUAUAAAUAAUAUUUAUAGAU